CUGUAGGACGGUUCUUUCACAAUGCCGACCUUUGAUAAUGUUCUGGAAGAAGUGGGGGGUUUUGGGCUGUACCAGAAGAUCACCUUUUUGCUCGUGUGCCUGACUUCAGCGAUGUUCUCCUACCUUUACGUCGGCUUUGUGUUCCUAGCCAUUACUCCUGACCACUGGUGCAGGAGCCCUGGGGUGUCCGGAUUGAGGGAGAAGUGCAACUGGACCCUGGAUCAGGAGAAGAAUUACACGUUGCCUGCAGGACGUCCUGGGAUCUCCUUGUACAGUCAGUGCGAGAGGUUCGACCUGGAUUGGAAUUCCUCCUCCGUCAGCUGUGACAAUCCACUUCCCUUUGCCCAGAAUCACUCCCAAGAUCUCCCACUUACAACGUGCCAGGAUGGGUGGGUUUUUGAGAAUGGCUCGAUCUCCAGCAUUGUGACUGAGUUUGAGCUGGUGUGUGCCGACGGCUGGAAGGUGGACCUGACUCAAGCUUGUCUCAACAUGGGCUUCAUGGUUGGAACAGUAAUCAUGGGCUACGCGGCGGACAUGUUUGGCAGAAAAUUCAGCUUCUUGUCCGCAACGUUUGUGACUUCGGUGGUGGGUCUGAUCGUCGCUUUCUUGCCCAGCUACACUUGGUUUGUGAUCUUCCGAACGCUUCAGGGCGUGUUCAGUAAAGGAUGCUGGCUUUGUGCAUACGUCUUCAUCACAGAACUCGUGGGGCUGGAGUACCGUAGGACGGUGGGCAUCCUGUACCAAGUCUGCUACAGUACGGGCAUGAUGCUGCUCCCCGCCGUUGCCUACUUCAUCCCCGACUGGAGGAACCUGCAGCUGGCGACCACCAUUCCCAACUUCCUCUUCCUCACCUACUACUGGUUGAUCCCCGAGUCUCCCAGGUGGCUGCUCUCCCAGAACAAGAACUCUCAGGCCAUGGCUGUUGUGCAGAAGAUGGCAAAGAUGAACGGGAAGAGCCUCUCACAAAUAUAUGAGAACAUUGAAGAGACCAAUGAAGACUUGGGCCGCCCAUCAUUCAUGGACCUGGUACGAACUCCCCAGAUAAGGAAACAUACCCUUAUCUUGAUGUACAACUGGUUCGCCUGUGCCUUGGUGUACCAAGGGCUGGUCAUGCGUCUGGGAACUCUGGGUGGAAACAUCUACCUCGACUUCUUCAUCUCCGGAGCUGUGGAAAUCCCGGCGGGAAUCCUCAUCCUUCUCGUCAUCGAGCGGAUUGGCCGACGCCUUCCCUUUGCAACUGGCGGCCUGUUGUCGGGGGCUUCCUGCCUGAUAGCGGCCUUCAUACCCGAGAGUGUUAGCUGGCUAGCGACAGCAAUCGCCUUUGUUGGUAAACUGGGCAUCACCGUCAGCUUCGAAAUGGUGGUAUUUGUAAACGCUGAGUUAUAUCCGACCUUCAUAAGAAACCUUGGUGUUUCGGUCUGCUCGGCACUGUGUGACAUCGGAGGGAUUGUCGCUCCGUUCAUUGUCUACCGGCUGGCUGAUAUCUGGACCGGACUGCCUCUUGUGGUUUUUGGAGUGAUCGGUCUGAUUUCUGGAGGCCUGGUUCUUCUCCUGCCGGAGACGAAAGGGUUGACUUUACCGGACACCAUUGAGGAGAUCGAGAACAUCAGCCGGCAAAAGGAAAAGGCUCCAAACACAAGCUACCAGCAAGUUAUUUUGUGUUCAGCAGAUGCCAAGGACCCUGACUCAAUUAAGAUGAGUGCUGAAGUGUAAAUGUGAUUUGGUCCGUGCACAGGGUUCCAUUUCACUGAAUGUCGUCACUUCCACCCGCCUGAAAUUGUCUGAUAAUUUAAUCUCUUGUUAGUUAUUGAAAAACAUUAGUAUUGAAGUUGUUUAUCUUUAAUGUCCUCAAAGUUAUACCAGAAGCCGGAAAUUAUAAAGCAUUUUUAAUGCUGUUUGCUGUGUUGAAUGCUUAACAUAUCCUUGAACAGCACCUGGUAUGGAGGAUGUCACUGGAAAGCUUCUUUGAGAAUUGAUUUGCAUUUUAAAUGAGGAAUUUGAGAUGUAAAAAUGUGCUGGGCUCCAAUGUGAGUUUAAUUCCAAGCAGCUUUGUGAAUGGUGAGGCUGCUUGUGUAGGGACUGAUGGAUCCUUGUCCACAUGUGUUACAGUCAGGCUGCUCGAUCUCACAAGGGGUUUGUUUUCAACCAUAACACAUUUACAGAACCAUAGAACAAUACAGCACAAUACAGGCCCUUCGGCCCACCAAGUUGUGCCGACCUUCAAACCACUCCUAAGACUAUCUAACCCCUUCCUCCCAUAUAUCCCUCUAUCUUAAAUUCCUCCAUAUGCUUAUCUAACAAUCUCUUGAAUUUGCCCAACAUAUCAGCCUCCACCACCACCCCCGGCAGCGCAUUCCAUGCACCAACCACUCUCUGGGUGAAAAACCUCCCUCUGACGUCUCCUUUGAACUUCCCACCCAUUACCUUAAGGCCAUGCCCUCUUGUAUUGAGCAUUGGUGCCCUGGGAAAGAGGCGCUGGGCUGUUUCUCCCUGCCAGAGUCCUUCAACAGAUGCAUGGAAAAUCCCAAUCACGUCCCACUUUUUAUUCUGAUUUUCUUUGUCUAUGCUCUAUGGAAACUCUUGGUGAAAAAUUUGAUGGGAUCCUUGGUCUUAUUAUUGGAGAUAUAGAAAAAGGAAGGUUGGCUGAACAUUAAUGAAAUGCUUCUUGGGUCUCAUUUGGAGGUUUGGGUUGAGUUCACCUCUACAUUACAGCAAAGGUACUGGGUGCAGACAAGACCCCUCAGUCCCAUGCUGGGAGUGAGAGGUUUCAGCUGCACAGAGUUCCCAGAGAAGCUGGGCUUGUUCUCCUUGGAGAGGAGGCAAGUGAGGGGAGACUUGAUUGAAGUUUUAAUAGUUAAUAAAGAGAAACUACUUCUAGCGUUACAGUGGUUGGUGUUCAGAGGACAAGGGCUUAAAAGAAAACCAAAAAAUAAACUGCAGAUGCUGGAAAUCUAAAAUAAAAACAGAAAAUUCUGGAAAUACUCAGCAGGUCAGGCAGCACCUGUGGGAAGAGAAACAGAGUUAAUGUUUCAGGUUGAAGACCCUUCGUCGG